AUGUACGAGGGACAGAGCCAUGAACAUUCUACAUUGCUGGCAAAUCGACCAACAGAAUCAAGCAGUCGGUAGGUUUUUUAGUAAAUGGCACAUGAGGGAUAUGGGUCGUUGGAGUAAAAUGAGGGGUAAUUUUGGAAUGUUACUCAGGGUUAAAUUUUCAUUUUUCACGAACCCAAUUUCAUAGAAAUUGAUCAAAAUCACGAAUCAAAAGUCUCUCAAAUUGAUAAAAAAUAUACAAUAAUAAAUUCAGUUCUUUGUAAAUGUGAUGAAGGAUCAUAUAUUCGGAAGAUAUUGUUGUUAGAUUGUACUUAAAAGCGAUUAUAAUUCCAUGGUGUCAGAAGUCCUGUUGUAUUAAAGUUGCGUUAGUCAUUUAGAUGAUAAGAAAAUAUUUUUUUAUAUAUUUUCAGAAAGGAUUUAGACGUUCAAAAAUUGUAUGAGGACAUUAAAAAUCUUAAAUGUGAAGCGACCAAAAUAAAAAAGAAAUUGGAGUUACUCAAUCAUGACAUCAUGGUGCCGACGGAACCAGUGGCACUCAAAUGGAGUCUGCAGAAGCUGAACCAUUAUAACAGCCAUAUGAUAAGUGAUAUGAAAUCGUUUAUUAGAUCAAGUGAUUCUAUCGCCAAAGUUGUGGACAGUAUUGUCCUCAAGAAGCUGUUUACAACUGAUGAGAUUUUGAACUGCUCUAUAACCAGCAAAAGAAGUACAAAAAGUAGUGACGAAGGGCGCAUCCUGCAUUAG